CGCUCCUAACUUACUCACAGGCUCCCCGGGCACGAGCCCACGCCCGCCCCCUUGCUCCGGAUCCGCCCCGCACGCGCCAACCCGCAGCAACGCGCUCUGGCUCCCCUCAGAGCGCCCGGCCGCCGCCGAGGGGCUGCGAGCGGCCGCGGGAAAGUUUGCAGUCACGCCGCGCGCGUGGGGGGAGGGAGCAGGGCAGUGGGGGCGGGACCUGGCCGGCUGCUCUGAGUCUCCUCCCCGGUUAGCCCGCGCCGACCCCUUUCCCCGCCUGCCCCAGCUCCUGGCGGGGCUGCGGGCCGGGGGCGGGCGAGAGAUGGAGGAGUGGGGAGGGGGCUUUGCUGCCUCCAGCCCCGCCCGGCCGCUGCCCCGCAGCGCCUUCUGCCGGGGAGGCAGCGGGGGAGCGGGCGCGGGGCGGGGGAGCGCAGCCCAUUAAAGCCCUGCCCGCCGCCGAGCAGGGCUAGUCGCCAGCGCCGGGGCACCCGGGGCUGGAGGGAAGGCGGCAGCCGGCGCUGCCAUGGGGAGCCCGGGGCCGGAGCGCCCCAGCCCACGCUAGGAGGAGCCGGGCGGGAGGCUGCCGGGGGCGCCCGGCGAAGCGGAGACGGGGGCGCGGGCGUCAGCGAUGCUGGCGAAUGGCUCGCUGAGGAACUGCUGCGAGCUGGGCGGGCGAGGGGGCUUCGGCUUGGCGGGGCGGGAGGCGGCGGCGGCCCGGCGGCCGGCCUGGGUGGUCCCGGCGCUGUCCAGCGUGCUGAUCUUCACCACCGUGGUGGACAUCGUGGGCAACCUGCUGGUCGUCAUCUCGGUCUUCAAGAACCGCAAGCUCCGGAACUCAGGUAAUGCAUUUGUGGUUAGCCUGGCUUUGGCAGACCUGGUGGUGGCCUUGUAUCCAUAUCCACUGGUGCUCUUAGCCAUUUUCCACAAUGGAUGGUCCUUGGGUGAAAUGCACUGUAAACUGAGUGGCUUUGUGAUGGGACUAAGCGUAAUAGGCUCCAUCUUCAACAUUGCUGCAAUUGCAAUAAACAGAUACUGUUACAUAUGCCAUAGCUUUGCUUAUGACAAAGUGUAUACCUGGUGGAACACAAUGCUGUACGUCUGCCUAAUUUGGGUGUUAACAGUUGUUGCAACUGUGCCAAAUUUUUUCGUUGGCUCUUUAGAGUAUGAUCCGCGCAUCUAUUCAUGCACAUUUGUUCAGACUGCUAGCUCCUAUUACACCAUCGCGGUUGUCAUAAUUCAUUUCAUAGUACCUAUCACUAUUGUGAGCUUCUGCUACUUUCGGAUUUGGAUCUUAGUGAUUCAAGUAAGAAGAAGAGUCAAAUCAGAAAUAAAACCAAGACUGAAGCCGAGUGACUUCAGAAACUUUCUCACAAUGUUCGUGGUUUUUGUGAUCUUUGCCUUUUGUUGGGCACCACUGAACUUCAUUGGACUAGCUGUAGCUAUCAAUCCUUUGGAAAUGGCACCAAAAAUUCCUGAGUGGUUGUUCGUCGUAAGCUAUUUCAUGGCCUACUUCAACAGUUGCCUUAACGCAAUAAUAUACGGACUUCUUAACCAGAAUUUUCGAAAAGAAUAUAAACGAAUCCUAAUGUCACUGUGGAUGCCAAGGCUUUUCUUUCAGGAAACAUCCAAAGGGGGGACUGAAGGUCAGAAGAGCAAGCCUUCUCCUGCUUUAAACAACAAUGACCAAAUCAAAACUGAUACCUUGUAAAUGUGCUAUGAUGAAUGCAAAGAAGUGUUAUUGAGAACUCCAAUGAUGUAGUUAUAAGAUUACACUCAUUCUUGCUUACUUUUCUGUGAUUUCAAUUUUAAUGGUAUAGAGUGACUGGAAUCCUGUUGUCUUGAUAAAACACACUGCUCUUCUAAAUUCAUAUUUUAUACAAGAUACCAAUUUGAAAUCAGCUUCAGAAUUAAAGUAGAACAUGAAUGCCAGCUGCUUUAUUUCUCAGAGACUAAUCCUGCCCUCAAAAUGUGGAUGAGGCACUCAUUGACUUCAAUGGGAGUCAUGCAGUUAUCCAAAGUCAGAAUUUGUCUCUCAGAAAAUAUAAUGAAUGCAUUUGCUUAAAGGUAUGGUGGUUAAGGCUGAGGGAUUUUUUUUUCCUGUCAUAUCUGUACAUGGAGAUUGAUGUAGAUAUUUUGCUUUCCCUCUAUGUGUCAAACUUGGCAUUUCUAUGUAUGUACUGGUAGGGAAACAAGUUUUGCUUGUGUACUGAAGAGGAGAAUUUUGUCCUUUUGUCCUACAAGAGAAUUUUAACACUAAUGCCUUUCUUGACAGGGAUUUUCAUAUAUAUCCAUCUCAGUUUAUUUAUUCUAUUUGUCUUCUGUAUAUAUUUUCUCUUUUUUUCCUUCAGAUGAUACAAUGUAACUGGACAAUUGUUUACACAUUUAUAUUACUUUGAGGAUUCUUCUUCUUCUUAUAUGUGCUCAGAAUUCCCAUGAGUACUAGGUGGAGUUGUGUGUAUACUGAAGGGCAAUAGGCACAUAAUAACUGUAUAGAAAUAAUAGAUAUAAAAUGUAUAGUAUAAAUGUUGCCUUCUUAAUUUUAUAUAUAGUAUAUAUAGUUCAUUUGGGAGUUGUAGGCUCCAAAAACUAUAUGGAACAAUGAAUUCCAAACAGAAUCAGGUAAAAUGAAGGGGAGACACUAACAGUGUCACUUUUCAAAAGUUCUCAGCAUUGACCUAACUCUUCUCCCAUUGAAGUCAGUGGCGAAACGCUCAUUUGCUUCAUUGACUGCUACUGACUUCAGUGCAAGCAGCAUUUGGCCAAUACCGAAUGCUUUUGAGAAAACCUCCCCUUAGAUAUUUAAAAGUUUCCUGUACACCAAGCAGGUGCGGUUGCUGGCUUCAAGUGGGGUGCUGCUCUAAAAAUAUCAGUAUGAGGUUCCAUGUCUGUGGUCUUUUAGUGUGACUCCAGGUCAACUCUGCACAGUUUGCAAAAUAAAAGGGAAGUUUUUUUGGUCAGCUCUGCAAACUCAAGCUUUUGGCUCUGAAAUUCAAUCUGGGUUCUUUCCUUCUCCACUAACAGCAAUCAUGCAGGCCAAAUUACAACAUGGGUUACAUCUGCACACCCCACUAUGGCCUGUAUAAUUUAGCUUGCAUCAUCUUUAUUGCUACAGUAGUGAUGCUGAGUAAGAAGGAAGGAACUCAACUUGACUUUCACACUCCAAGUUGGGUUUACUGUGCUGACCAUUAGGAAAAAUAUUUAAAAACUUGUGCACUAAGCAAAUUGGAUAUGGAAUCACUAAAACACAUUAAACAUAGGACCCUAUUUUUAGAGACAAAUUUCAAAGAAUGAACUCACUUUAAUGGUUUGUAUUACCUGCCAUAAAAUCUAUCUAAAGUCAAAACUGUAUGGCAAAGUGACAAAUCUGAAGAUUUUCCAAGCUUCUUCCAUAUUUUCCUGGUAUUUCUAAUGUGCUCUGAAGCACAGGAGCCUAACUGGCAUAUAGUACUGCUUUGAUAAAAACUAAGUGGUCAAAGAUCUUGGAGAGACAUAACCAUUUUCUAUAGGAUGGUGAAAGAGAGGAACACUUAAUGAUGACCCAAGAGAAAUAGAUAAAGAAUCAUGGCCAAGUUCAUUCCUUUUAUUACUCCAUGGAUUUAAACAGGACAAAUUUGUCUCAAUGGCGUCUCUAAAAUUAAUUUAACUAUAAGCAUCCUUAAAACGUAGUUCUACUUUGAAAAUGACUCUAUAAAACUUGCACCCUCCAUUUCUUCCAAGGGCCUGAAUUUGGAAUUGUGUGUGUGUGUGUGUGUGUGUGUGUGUGU